GUGAUACUCCUGUCUAUAUUUCCACCUCUGAUAUAUUUUCAGGCUUCUUAUCAGUACAACAACACGCACAUUUCUCUCCUUGCUUCUUCAUCAAAUAGAUAUGGCCCUUGUAGCUGCUUCCUCCUCUUCCUCUGCUCAAUCCCUCCCCAAGAAAUAUGAUGUUUUCAUCAGCUUUAGGGGUGAGGACACUCGCUGUAACUUCACUAGCCAUCUUCACGAUGGUUUCCGCAACAAACGCAUCAUAACCUACAUAGACUACCAGCUUCCCAAGGGAGAUGAGAUCUUACCAGCACUUUGGCAAGCAAUCGAGGAUUCCUAUGUAUCUGUGGUGGUCUUCUCUAAAAAUUAUGCUUCUUCCAGGUGGUGCUUGAACGAACUCGCCCAUAUAAUCCAUUGCAAGAGGGAUCAAGGCCAUAUUGUUAUUCCUGUCUUCUAUAAAGUAGAUCCAUCUCAUGUACGCAAUCAGACUGGCCCUUACAAGCAAGCAUUUGAGAAAUUUGAGAGGGAUCCCAGGGUCAACCAACCCGAUAUCCAACGGUGGAAACAAGCUCUCACUGAAGCUGCAAACUUAGCUGGUCAUCAUGACUCUCACACAAUCAGGGAUGACUCUAAACUGAUUCAAGAGGUUGUAAAGACGUAUUGCAAAAAUUGAGUCGCAAGUACCCACCUACUAAAUUAACAGGACUCGUAGGUAUUGAUGACAAUUGUAGAGAGAUUGAAUCACACUUGGAAAAGUU